AUGAGCUAUUCUUGUACCAGCACAGGCAACAGCCAGGACCCAGCGAGCUCUAAGAAGUCCGGCGGCGUUAAUCCCGGUAGUCGCAACAGCAGCGCUGACACAGGCAGCAGCAACAACAGCCAUAGUACCCGCAGUAGCAAAGCAAACUCAAACCUAAAUUUAACAGAGGCAAUGAAAGUCAAAAAGGGCUGCAAUACGACAGACGUGGGGGUCCCCGUCACCACAGAGGAGGAAUUGCUUGCAAACACAAUAAUUACCCCCGAGGAUGUACUGGGAUUACAGAAGAUCACUGAGAACUACUUGUGCAGCCCAGAUGACAACGUGUACAACAUUGACUUCACAAGGUUUAAAAUCAGAGAUAUGGAGACAGGAACAGUGCUGUUUGAGAUCACCAAGCCUCCAUCCACUGAAAAGAGAGAAGUAGAUCCCAAUGCUGGCAGAUUUGUUCGUUACCAGUUCACCCCAGCUUUCCUACGGUUACGUCAAGUCGGAGCCACGGUUGAGUUCACAGUGGGUGACAUUCCCAUCAAUAACUUCCGUAUGAUCGAGAGGCACUAUUUCCGCGAUAAGCUCCUGAAAAGCUUUGAUUUUGAGUUUGGCUUCUGCAUUCCCAGCAGCAAGAACACCUGCGAGCACAUUUACGAGUUCCCACCUCUGUCUGAGGAUAUCAUGCGUGAGAUGAUCCUACAUCCCUAUGAGACGCAGUCCGACAGUUUCUACUUUGUGGACAACAAGCUGGUGAUGCACAACAAAGCAGACUACUCCUAUAGUGGGGGCCCAUAG